AUGCUAAAGUGUUGCCACAUACGAGUUGCGGAAAGUCGUGAUAUUAAGCCAUUUGAAGAAAUAUUCAUUUGGGGUAAAUUGGAAAAUAAGAAUGAAAAAUUUACUAGAGAUUCGUAUAUCGAAGGUACGGAACAUUUUCAGCAGAGAACUGGGCUUCUUACAGCCCCGAUAAAGAUUUCGGCAGAAAUGAUGAACGAUGAAAGUAAAAUCCCCAUAUGUGUACUGAAUACUACUGAUAAAUCAAUCAGAGUUUAUAGAGAACAAACUGCGGCCACAAUUCAGGAACUGUCAAGUACCCACAACAUAGCACAUAUUUCAGAGUCAAAUAUGGGGGGAAAUAAUCCAUCAUCACAAUAUGACCCAGUCCCAGAAGUAUCAGUUGGUGAACAAUUGACAACACAACAAAGAGAAAACCUAGAAAUUUUAAUUCGAAAAAAUACACAAGUUUUCGACUACCCAGGAAACAGUGGGUUCACCACAACAAUAGAGCACACAAUACCCACAGCCGUAUCUGAUCCAAUUGUGUGCCACCCCAGACGACACAACCUGGGGUUAACACAAAAAAAUAAUGAAGCAGUAGGAAACCAUGUAAAGUCGGGACAUUUGACACCCUCUAAGUCCCCUUGGGCAUUUCCAAUUGUACCUGUAUUGAAACCAGAUAAAACAGUUCGAUUGUGUGUAGACUACAGACCACUUAACAAAAUUACCCAGAAUGACCCAUAUCCAACUGGAAAUUUGCAAGAGGUUCUAGACAAUCUAUCAGGUGCUAACUAUUUUAGUGUUAUUGACUUGGCCCAAGGUUAUUUGCAGGUCCCACUGGCCAAGGAAGAUCGACCAAAGACAGCGUUUCGAUCACCUACUGGGUUUUGGGAAUGGACAAGAAUGCCAUAUGGUUUAAAAGGAAGUCCGGCAACUUUUUCUCGGUUGAUGCAGAAGGUUCUAGGACACAUUCCACCACAUCGGUUGGCAUUGUACAUGGAUGAUAUCUGUAUUAUUAGCAAAACGUUUGAGGAACAUUUAGUAAAUCUCCAGGGAGUAUUUGAUGCAUUGCGACAGCAUGGAUUACGAGUUAAAGCUAAGAAAUGUGCUUUCGCAAUGAAAGAAGUGAAAUUUCUUGGACACAAAGUUUGCAACAAGGGUGUGCAGCCAGAGGAACAUAAAGUAAAGGCAAUUCGUGCAUGGGUUGCACCAACUUGUCUUAAAGAGGUGCAAAUGUUUUUGGGUGCAGUUGGGUGGUAUCGGAAGUUUAUCAAGGAUUUUAGUACAAUUGCUCGACCAUUAACAUGGCUUUUGGAGAAAGAUGUCACAUUCACUUGGGGUAAGGAGCAAGAUGAUGCAUUCAAUACACUAAGACAUGAGUUGGUUAAAGCUCCAGUAUUAGCCCAUCCUGACCCCACUCGACCUUUUGUUGUUACCACGGAUGCAAGUAAAGUGGGUCUGGGUGGUGAACUAUCACAAGAAGAUGCACAAGGACAAUUACAUCCGGUUGCAUAUUUCAGUCGUGCAUUGACCAAACGAGAACGUUCAUAUCCAACUUAUGACAGAGAAGUGAUGGCUAUGCGAGACACGCUUAAGCAUUUUCGGUAUUAUCUGUUAGGAGCACAAGUAGUGAUGAGGACCGACCACAAACCUCUUCUAAAGAUCCUGGAACAGAAAGAUCCAUUUGGACGAAGAGCGACAUUGAUGAGAGAUAUAGCAGAAUUCGAACCACGCAUAGAGUUUAUUCGAGGGGAGGAUAAUCACAUGGCAGAUGCUCUUAGUCGGAUCUGA